AUGUCUGAAGGGAAACAGCGAUCUUUGUCCACUUCAGGAGAGUCUCUGUAUCAGGUCCUGGGCCUAGAGAAAGGCUGCAGCCAUGACAACAUCAAGAAAUCCUACAGGAAGUUGGCGCUGCGUUACCAUCCCGAUAAGAACCCAGACAACCCCGAAGCAGCCGAGAAGUUUAAGGAGCUGAACAGCGCUCACGCGGUCCUGUCCGACCUCACCAAGAGGAACAUCUACGACUCGUAUGGCUCGCUGGGACUCUACGUCGCCCAGCAGUUCGGAGAGGACAACGUCAACACGUACUUCAUGCUGUCCACAUGGUGGGCUAAGGGUCUGUUUGCGGUGUGCGGGAUCCUGACGGGAUUUUACUGCUGCUGCUGCCUCUGCUGCUGCUGUAACUGCUGCUGCGGGAAACUCAAACCGCCGGCCAGCGGCGAGGGGGCGGAGCCAGACUACGUCUCCCCUGAUGACCUGGAAGAAGAGAUACGCAACGACCACGAGGACGGCGUCGACGCUCCGAUCGUUCAGCAGCCGACGAACGCCAGCGAGAAGACUCAGCUGAUCACCGACGGCCACCGUAGAUACGCAGACACCUACACAUGA